CACUGGUUAGUUGCAGUUAUCGGCAAACUCAUAUCGACGGCGGCGCACGAUUGUUGUAACAGUUGUAACUGCAUUUUAUUAUUUAAUAAUUAAAAGCUAUUAGCAUGAUAAAUUCUAAGUGAUGCUAAAAGAUUGAACAAAAAUAUCAUCGGAUAGCAUGCAGCCGCAGAGAGGAGAUAUGUAAAACGGACGGAGUUUGUGUUUUUUUUGUGAAUUUGUAUUGCUGCAAAUAUAAAUUGCAAUUUGUUGUAAAUUUUGUCUGUUACUGUGUGAGUGUGUGCGUGAUAAGUGCAACACGCAAAUAAAGAACAGGGAGAGCAGAGCACGCAAAAGCCAAAUAAAGAGGUAACUGUAAAGAGCUCUUUCAACAAUACUGAUAUUAUCGUAAAGGUGAAUGCCGACAAUGGACAACGAGCAACCGCAUCAGGAGUUGGUCAAGUGUGUGUUGGUUGGUGACACCGCAGUGGGAAAGACGCGUCUUAUUUGUGCCAGGGCCUGCAACAAGCACGUAUCCCUGUCGCAGCUUCUGUCCACGCACGUGCCGACCGUUUGGGCGAUCGAUCAGUAUCGCAUUUACAAAGACGUGCUCGAGCGAUCGUGGGAAGUUGUAGAUGGAGUAAAUGUCUCCUUGAGAUUGUGGGACACAUUCGGUGAUCAUGACAAGGAUCGACGCUUUGCCUACGGCAGAUCUGAUGUUGUGCUCUUAUGUUUCUCCAUUGCGAGCCCGAUCUCUUUACGAAACUGCAAGGUUAUGUGGUAUCCAGAGAUACGUCGCUUCUGUCCAGAUGUCCCUGUAGUGCUGGUUGGAUGCAAAAACGACCUGCGAUACAUGUACCGCGAUGAGAAUUAUCUGUCCUACUUUGGGGAAAAAGGAACCUUCGUGCGAGCCGCCCUAAAGAGCGAUUUGGUCAUGCCGGAUGAGGCGCGCGCCGUUGCAAAGGAGUUGGGCGUAAGCUAUUACGAGACGAGCGUCUUUACGUAUUUCGGAGUUAACGAAGUCUUUGAAAAUGCCAUCCGGUCGGCGCUUAUUGCGCGUCGUCAGCAGCGCUUUUGGAUGACGAACCUGAAAAAGGUGCAGAAGCCGAUGCUGCAGGCACCUUUUCGGCCACCGAAGCCGCCACCACCGGAGGUUACUGUCAUGGUUGGCCACUAUCGUCAGGACAUUUACAACAUGUUCCUGUCGCAAGCCUAUGCCGAUCUCAUUCUUGUCGUCGGCAUGACAAAGUUUGCUGUUCACAGAUUUAUGCUUGCCGCAGCAUCUAGCAUAUUCCAACGCAUCCUGACCACAGAAUUGAGCGACAUGGGUGGACGCAGCAGCAGCGAAUCGAGUAUGGUUAGCUCAACGUUUGGAGAAGCCACCAUAGCCGACUUCAAUGAUGAUACCGAAUAUCUUAUACGCUACGAAUCACGCACACAGCGCAUGUGGGAGCAUCUAAAGCGUCGAUCCAGCUACCAGGCCUUGCCUUUGGUCGAGUCGAAGCGAUCAAAUGAUUUACAUAAGGAGCUGCAUCAUCCCGUGCUGCAGAGUCUACGCUUAGUGCAGAUGGAAAAUCAACGCGGAGUCAGCGCUGUCCAAACAAUCGUAACUCUAAACAAGCUUAUCACGCCCCAGGCACUCCAUCAAUGUCUAAGAUUCAUUUACACAGGCACUAUUGAUAAAGAGUGCAGUAAUCUGCAGGAAAUAAGAGAAGCUGCCGAUUUCUUAGAACUGCCGCAACUAGCCAUGUUACUUUCCAAGCCACAAAGCAUCAUGGACAGUCCCAGUGAUGAACCAAAUCCACACAUUUGUCUUCGCAUUAAGGAGAGCAUGGAAAGACAUUGCAUCGGGGACGGUUGCUUUAGCGAUGUUGCCUUUGAACUGGACGACGGUUUGAUGAAGGCACAUCGAGCUGUAUUGGUCGGUCGCUGUGAUGUUAUGCGUGCUAUGCUGUUGGGCGAUUUUCGUGAGGCACAUUCUAAUGUGAUUGUUUUCCCUGGAGUUACCAUUUAUACGUUCCAUAAGCUGCUGUGCUAUCUAUAUACUGAUCAAAUUCCGCCCAUCUCAGCGGUGAAAUGCCUCAAUUUGCUGGAAUUGGCCAACCGAUUGUGCCUGCCGCGCCUAAUCAAUCUAAUUGAGUGUCGCGUUAUCGAAGAUCUCACAAUAAUUUCGCAGAACGAAACUAAUGAAACGGUGGACCAUUGUCUAAAGUUGUUGGAGCCAGUCAAGCUGCAUAAUGCCCAUCAGUUGGCCGAGUGGUGUAUGUCGUAUUUGUGCGUCAAUUACAAUGUAAUCUGUAAGUUUUCCCUCAAGGGUCUGAAAGCCCUGCAUCAGGAUAAUCAGGAGUAUUUGCGAGAGCAUCGAUGGCCACCAGUUUGGUACCUAAAGGACUAUGACUACUAUCAGCGUUGUAUCAAUGAAUUAAAUAAGGAACUGAAGCUAAAGAGCUCACGGGGACGGGACUUUCCAAGUGACGACGAAGGUUGUCUAUGCUUUACUGGAGUGUUCUCUUGCUGGCUGCUAGGUAAAUCCAAGAGGACCGGGGUCGUCCCUUCCAGCGCUAACAACGGAGACAGCAACGGCACAACGGCCGAAAAUCAAAUAUUUAAUAGUACGGCCAACUCAAUGAACCACAUCGACCUGGAGGCGGAAAUCGAUCUGAAUCUCUGACACCCAGCCUUAGGGCAUGGAAGAUCACUUCGAUUUAUUGUGAUUCUGCCCGUGCUGAUUUGCUUCAUCUGUACAAUUUUAAGUAUUUUGAUACUUUUCCAAAUACACACAUAACAAUCCCCGUGGGCAAACGGUUGGUGGCCUGUCUGCUUUUGACAUUCGAGCGCCGCCCAGGGACACAUAAGGAUUCAUUAAUUGCUUUUUUGAUAUGCUUCAAAUAUGCCCAAUUAAAGUGCAAUAUAUGCAUAUUUACAUACUUAGUAUGUAUUGUAUGUAUGAGGCCCGUAUGACAUUUGUGUUUCAUUAGAGCGCACUUUAAAUGCAGAAAUUCUGAAUGAACUGUAUUAUAAACAAAAUCAUGUGUAUACUUAUACUUGUGUAUGUAUAUUUUUAAAUUCCAACUUAGGGAAACAUUUGUCUAGCCAUAGCUUUUAAGCAACAAUUUAUAACCUAAGAACGCAUUUUGUACAAAAUGAAAUAGAAUAAAGCAAUUAUGAUUAUGAACAAAAAGAA